AUCUAUGAGAUUCAAAAGCAUUGAUGCUUUCUGAUUCUGAUUUUUUCUGAAAUUUCUGAUUAUUUGAGAAGUGUUUUGUUUUAAUUAAAUACAUCUAUUUGAUCAUGAAAAGAUGCAUUUUUUAAUCGGUAAAUGAGACCAUACAGACAGUUUUGAAAGUGAAAAGCCGCUUUAUUAUCUGCAUUGUUUUCCCGCAUCGGAUUUUUGCAUAUCUACGUGUGAUGUGAACUUGCGAAGGCGCUGUUUUAUCUGCAUUUUGCCGAGUACUUCUCCUAUACGUAAAUUGAUUUAUAAUUAUUCAACUAAUCGAAUUAUUUGAAAAAUGGAAUCUUCGUCCAUCGUACUUUGCAAAGAUCGGCUUCAAGAGCAACUUCAAAAAGCAAAAGAGAGUCUUAAAGGGGUUGAUGAUAAUUUGAAAAAAUUCAUCUCUAGGAACAUUUCGGAAGCUCCAUUACGAUCUGCGUUUAACAAAACUGCCGCACAAACCGCUGAUAAGUGGAAAUCGAAUAAAGAAGAAAGUUUAUCUUCAAAUAAUCGUCGUCGACCAGCGAGAGUGUUGAAUGAUGCUGACAUUGAAAAUAUACCUGUUAAGAAAAGAUUAGGUCCUAAAGUUCUGCAUAGUAGUAUAAGUGGCCCCCCGAGAAAAUCUGAUGAUAUUGACGAUAGUUACAUGAAGAAGCCCUCAGUACUUUCUUGUGUAGUUGCUAAGCCUCAUGUUUUACCGUCCCGAAAAGAUGCUGUAUCAGUCAAAACAUAUACAGAAACUAGAGCAAGAGACCGUCGUAUGUUUGGAGCUUUAUUGGGCACUCUGCAGAAAUUUCGUCAAGAAGAAACCCAGCUCAAAGAUAAAGAAGACAAAAAAGCAAAGGUUGAGAAAAAAUUAGAAGAAGCUGCUAAGCGUGAAAAAGAAAAAUUGCGUUUAGAGAGGCAAAGAUUGAUGGAUAUCCGAAAAGAACGAGAAGAAUAUAUUAAAGCAGUAGAAAACAACAUGAAGUUGGUUAAAGAGCAAGAGCAAUGGGAAGAAUUGCAACAACCGCUAUUUAAUUAUAUUCGUACCGAAUCAUCUCCCACAAUUUGUUAUUUACCCAAGGUGCACAAUGAAAAAACGACUCAAUUGUUAGAACAGUGUCGAACCGACCUAUCUAAAAUGAUUGCUGAAAAAAGGCAAAGUGUGAAAGAAGAAGUAGAUUCGUUAAUUUCUCAGUAUAAAAAUGUCGAUAUUGAAGAACUGAGUCAGGAAACCGGAAUGUCUCUUCAACACACAUUCAGUGAUCGCAACACGUCUGAAAAUAGCGAAUCGCAUCACGAUACGAAUGUAUCGAAUGGCAGUUGGUCUAACGAUAAUAACGCUAAGGCAUCUUGGAAAUCUGCCAGUAACGACACCGAUAACGCUUAUUCAGCUAAAGAGCAAAGAUUGAAGAAAAAAUCGAAAUCUGAAACUGUUUUCGUUAAACAAGAAAAAGAAGACGAUUACGAGAAAACGGUUUCCGUAAAACAAGAAAAAAUUCCUGUUAGUGAACCUGCGACAGAUAAAGAUGGCGAUGAACAUUCAAACGUAGAUCGUGAUGAAGUGCCUGAAAGUAAAAGCGAGAAGAAUUCAUCUCCUGAAGGCGAAUCUCCAAAAGAUGUCCCUGAGGAUGUUGAAAAGACCAGUAGCAAAAUGCAAACAGAAGAUACUGAUGCAAUGAACGAUGAAAUUGAUCACAGUGUUUAUUAAUCGAGAUGUCUACAGCUAAUGGGUUCAGUAUUCGUGAAUUGAAAAAAAUCAGUAUGUGUUGUUAUAGUUCCACCAUUUUUAUUGUUUUAACCGAAAUUAGUUAAUUCAGCAGGAAAGGUUUCAGUUAAGUAUUAUUUUUCAAUACGAAUUUGAAAAAUUGGGUUGUGUGGUAUUUUUUUUUCAUUUUCGAAGUAAGCAGUCAUUUUUUUCUCAAUUUGUACCAUCAAUAUUAUACCUAAGUCGAAUAUUUAUUUAAUUACCGUUUUAACGAUUCUUCUUUUUAUUAUCAUUAGUGUGAUUCAGUCACUUCAUAAAUUUAAUAUUUGCUUGAAAAGAUAAUUUCUUUAUUACAGAAAAUGAUACGAAAAUUGAUUUAAAUUUUCUCCGAGCCAGUACAGGAAGUUUUUUUUACGAUGAAAUUGUUAGAUGACGAUUUUCUGGUGGAAAAAAUUUCAUGUUCUUCGUUAUCUAUUAAUUUUUUUUUAUUAGGUUUUCUCUGCAUACCGAUGUGCGAUAAAGAAAAGACUUCUCAAGUUGACGAAUUUAAUACUGUGGUCUCCUAUGGUUAAGCAUUUUAAUUUCGUGCAUGCUCAUUCUACCAUCUAUCGUUCUUUUUAUAUUCCUUGAUUUGUAGAUGCGAUACAUUUUUGUACCAUUUGCGAAUUAUUUUUCGUAGAUUAUUACCUUCAAUUUGUGAUGUUUAAAAUAUGAAUGAUGAUCUUUGUAUUUAAUUUCAAAAAUGGAUUGAUAAUCAGUUUUAAAGUUGGCAAAACGAUGUCGUUUCAAGUCAAUUAAAUGAAUCGCAAUCAUGAUUUAUUUGAGUUUCAACUAUACGUAUCAACGUGAAAAAUAUCGUGCAGUUAUUUUGCUGUUCGUUUCCUUUUGAUUAUUUGUGUUGAAAAUGUCGAAGAAACGAGUUUUUGUUUCUUGAAUAAUCGUUUUGCAGUACCUAAAGUAAAAGUUGAGUUGAGAAAUGAAAUGAGUGUUCAACUUGCUGUAAAUAUUGUUUUCAUUCAUUUCAAUAAAAUGGUAUUUUUUUCAUUUUAUGCCUACCAUCCAAUUUUUAUGACAGAAUACGUUGGUAAUAUGAUUUAUGUAAUAUAUUUUCUUUUCCUUUUAAUGUCAAAACAGAGAUUAUACAUUUGUUUCAAUAUUA